GCCGGCCGGGCGGGGAGGGGCGCUGCGGCCAUGCACGCUCGGGCCGCGGAAAGCGACCCGGGCGGCGCCGGCGAGUCGGCGGACGGGCCGUUUGCCGACGCUCUCAUGCCGCAGCACGCGCGGCCCAGCGGAGACGCCGAGCCUGCUGCGGACGGCCCGAGAGAUCACCGGCACACCUUCGUCCUGCGGGUCCCGUUCCCGGCGCCGCUCGACGCCCAGAUUGCCCUGGGCGCGCUGGCGCCCGACGGAGAGCCGCACCGCCUCGCGGUGGAGAAGGACCUUCACGUCGAGGGGAGCGUGCUGACGGUCCGCUGGAGAGCAGGGAGCACGCGCGUCCUGAAGGUGUCCAUUCUUACUUUUCUGGACCAGCUGUGCCUGGUCCUGCGGACUCUGCAGCGCUUUGGUCCAGCGGCCCCCCUCCCUGAAAGCGGGCAUCGUUGAAACGACGAUUUUCGGCAGAGACUCUCAGUGUGCAGCGCUGGACUUUCGUCUUCCAAUGACUCGAUUUGCUUCCUGGGCACUUGGCUCUAUACAUGGUGCUUGACUUUUAACAACUCUGGGAAAUAAAACUGACUGGCCACUGGG